CCAAUCUGCAACCACCAAUCUGCAUCUACAAUCACGAAUCUACAAGCACCAAUCUACAAUCACCAAUCUACAAGCACCAAUUUACAAUCACCAAUCUACAAUCACCAAUCUACAAUCACCAAUCUGCACAGUAUUAUUGGACCUCGUGGUGCAGAGGUUCAAUCAAACAUUCAGAGAGAGCAGCGACCCUUGGCGGAUCCAAUUAACCCAGAGCUCGUGAUCGGCGGAGAGGUCAGCUUCCCCGCGAGCACCUCCAAAUGGCUGUGCCCGAGACAACGCUGAACUGGCUGUACAGCGUCCUGACCAGCAACUACACCGACGUCAACCGCACAUAUCACGACGCAACCGAGGCGCUCUCCUACUACCCGUCCCUCUCGGUGCGCACCGACGUCUACACAUACGAGAACGGAGCGCCACACCUCCUGCUCAACCUCACCGGGACGCUGCCUGUCACAUUCCGCGGCGCCGCCUAUGGCUUCCCGGUGGCAGUGUGGGUGCCCUACGCCUACCCACGCGAACCGCCCAUUGUCUAUAUCAAGCCGGACCAGGACAUGCUGGUGCGCUCCGGGCAGUAUGUAAGCGGCGACGGCAGGGUGUACCACCCCUAUCUGGCGCAAUGGGCCAAGUAUUGGGAUAAGUCGACCCUGUUCGACCUGCUCGCCAUCCUGCGCGACGUCUUCGCGAAAGAGCCUCCCGUUCGGACACGGCAGCGGCAGCCGCCGUACAGUGCGCCCGCGCAGCAAGGUCCUCCGCCUGUGCCUCCGCCGCCCGUCGAGUACAGACGACCAGUGCAAGGCGCACAAGGCCCUGCGGCCUCACCGGGCCCCUCUCAAGGACCACCCGCUCCGCCGCCAAAGCCGCCGAAGCCGUUUGAGCAGCACACACAGGCACCGCACCCGCAGAGCGACCGAUACUCGCAGCCGCCCCCGCUCCCACCGCAUCCGCCGCAGCGAGGAAGCUACGACAUCAGCCCAGUAGCGCCAGUGUCGCACGAUGCACGGCAGCGCGUUCAAUCACAACACAUCCAGCCUCCAUCAUACGGGCCCGGAAGUCCCGUCAGCCCAAUGGCUCCGCCGGGACAGCAUCAUGCAUCCGGCUUUGCAAGGCAGGCGCCUCCACAGCAGCCUUUUGCGAACGCUCUGCCACCGCAACAGUACACAGGCCCGCAGUCUCAUGGCCAAGCGCCGCCUCAACACCAGCAGCACCAGGGUCCCCCACAGCAGCACCAGGGUCCCCCACAGCAGCAUCAGGGUCCCCCACAGCAGCAUCAGGGUCCCCCACAGCAGCAUCAGGGUCCCCUACAGCAGCAUCCGCGGCAAUAUCAGCAGUACCACCAAAACCCGCCACAGCCGGCUCCUGCAGCACCAAAGCUGGCGCCUCCUGUCAACCUUCUCGACGACUCGCUCGAGGUGACUCUGCCUUCGCAACAAGGCAACCAAGCAUCCCUUCCGGUGCCGCCUGUGCCGCCAAACCCGCAGAAGGACGCCCUCCUCACGGCCCUCGGUCAGGCUCUCGCCUCGCAAACACGUCAGGUCGUAGCUUCGAACCAGGCUGCCGUGGCGCCCUUACGCGCGCAACAACAAGCGCUGCAGACUGCAUAUUCAAAACUUCAAGCCGAGUUGGGCGAACUGCAGCAUCUGGAUGCAGCGCUGGCUUCGAAUGAGCAGAUUCUGAAAGGUGCCAUGGUCGAAGCAGAUUGCGCCAUGGACGAUGCUCGAAGAAAACAGGCACCAGAUGUCGAUGACGUGCUUGUAGCGCCUACCGUAGUAGGGCAACAGCUAUACACUCUUGCGGCAGAGGAGAGAGGUAUCGCUGAUGCCUUGUUCGUUCUGGGUAGGGCACUUGACAGGGGGAGGAUUACUGCGGAUGUAUUUGUCAAGCAAACGCGAAGCCUAGCUCGCGAGCAGUUUCUGAAGAAGGCGCUGAUCAAGAAGAUCGCAAAGGGCAUGGCGCUGGACGAGUAUCAGAUGCGGUGAGAUCUGUGAUAAGACUCACCCGCCUGAUCCUACUCCACACAAUUACGCAUGCACAAUACAGUGCUGACCCUCUUCACAGCGGUGAUGCCUCGGGUAUACCAGGCAUCCACAUCUACAGGCCUGACAACAUGUCUGCAUCACCGUCCAGUACCCGAGCAGUACAUGAGCUAUCUGAUCAGUCUUCGAUUGGUACAGAGUCGAUCAGUUCACCGCAAGAGACCAUUGUUUAGACAGAUGCAUCCAAGCUCCUCGACGCUGCAGCUUACGGAUGCUUGCGUGAUGAUGAGGUUUGGAUAAACUCAAAAUGUGGAAGCGACGGUCGAUCCGGUACG